GUGCAAGUACCCAAUUCGGAGUAUGAUUUAAUGACUUAAUUCGGAUAUAGCCAUAUAGGCCCAUUAUUUGAUUACCAAGUAAAAUGUAGUUUUAGAUUUUCAAUUUUUUUUAGAAUUUUAUUAAGUAAAUUAUGGGAUUUUUUUAAAAAAAAGGUUGAUACGGGUAUCCGUCAAGAUACGAGUAUCAGAAACUUUCAAAAAAUUACAAAAAAAAAAUGGAAACUUUUAAAAAUUGCAGAUACGGCCCGGGAACGUACGGUACGGGUAUCCUAAAGUAUCAGAUACGGAAACGUAUCUGAUACGGUACCCUAGGGAAGUAUCCGUGCUUCAUAGCCCCACUGCAUGCAAAUCAGAAACGUUGACGUGUCAACUCAUUAAGUUCGCAGGCAAAAUGGUAACAACGCCGCGAUGAAGCACUACUAUACUCCUCCUUUCUCUUCAAUCCUGACUCGCGAGUCAACUCAGCGCAGAAACGCACGCACUCCUCUGUUUCAAUUUUUCACAUUAAACCCCUCCAAACACUUCCUCCGCCCGCCAUAACAAAUUCCUCACCAUCACCAUGGUCAACCACACAGCCCCCAUUAUUACGCCCUCGCACCAUCGGAACAUCUCUCGCCAUGCACCGUCACACUCCGCCAGUUCGCCUCAUCGCCCCUUCUCUUCGCCGAAGACGCCGCCUCCGGUUCCGAGCUCGCCGCAGACGACGAGAUUACGCGUCGAUUUCAGUCCACCGCUGAUCGCAAUGGUCGUCGUCAUCGCCGCUGCUUUUGUUCUAAUCACUUACUCGAGGCUAAUUUCGCGCCACCUCAUUCACUUCCACCGUCGCUACCGCCGGUGGCGCCGACGGAGAAGGUCAUACGUGCCGUCGUCUUCGGCCGGCGAUAUUGAGUCUAUUCCGUACUCCUUUGAUCAUACAGACAGAUUUCACUUGUUCUCUCCGUAUGGACUCGACGAGUCCGUGAUCAAAACAAUUCCUCUCUCCAUUUACAGCCGGAAAAGCUCCGUUCACGACUGCGCUGUUUGUUUGAUUGAAUUCGAAGAAGACGACUACGUCCGCACGCUUCCUGUGUGCUCGCACGCGUUUCACGUGGACUGUAUCGAUAUAUGGCUCCGUUCUCACGCGAAUUGUCCGUUGUGUCGUGCCGGAAUUCUCAGGCCAGAUUCGCCGUUCACUCCAUUGAUGGCAGCGAGAAUACGGCCAAGCUUAGACGACUUAAUGUUUGAAAGCGCAAUGUUGGAACCGUUAGCGGAAAUUCCGCUAGAAUCAGACGUGGCUCCAGAAUCAGAGAUCACGCAGGAAGCAUCGCCGAGACGGAACAACCAAUCAGAGGACCGUUUCAACGGCCCCGAUUUCCUUCUGAAACGGUCGUAUUCGUUCGGAUUCGAGAGGAGCAUUGGAUCGGAGAGGCUAAUUUUGGAAGUGACCACCGCGUCUCCUUGGCGCUACCGCAGAGGAGGAAGCGGAAGCUUCUGGAACAAGCGUCCGUCACCGUUCAGCUCGCUGACGAAGCCUAGAGUGUUCUCAUUCCGGCAAUACAGAGGAAUGAAGUCCCCUUUCUUCCGGCGGAGAAGUGUAAGCUUUCUCCCCGGCUCCACCGGUGGAGGAGGCAGCUCAUCGAGACGGACCAAGUCAUUCGCUAGCCCAAUCUUCAUCAGAUCAUCAGCGGCGGCAGGAUUUUUCUCCUCGAGCCGGCUGAGAAGCGGCGAUCCGGAAGCGCUGCUGUCGCCGGAGAGAUUCAACCGACGGGGAUAGAACAGAGGGUGGCGGCACGUGGGACAAGGAGAUAAAUUGACUGAACCAUCGGGGACCGUACAGUAAUGGGGUGACCCGUGGAGAUUCCGGAUCGGGCUGGACAAAUACGGGCGGUAUUAAUGAGUUUGGGGGGCAUUCUGGCGCUCAUUAAAUGGAAGGCCGGAGAAAAUUGUGUAAGAAAAGGGAAAUGCAGUUAUGGCAUUUAAUGGGAAUUGACUACUGAUGGCAUUUGCCUUUCCCCUGUCUUCUUCUCAGAUCUCAUAAACUUGGGUAAGUUGGGAAGGCAAUUAAUAGUGGCAUCAUAUUUUAAUGUCUUCAACAACAUUUUGAAUUUCCAAACUAUCUUAGACUCAUGCAGAUGGGGAUAAGAUUUCAAAUCCAGUUUAUCAAUCAAUGUAAAUAUGGAAUAAGUUUAGUUCAACAAUUUAACUUUUAUGUAAUUAGAUUUUGAAUUUCCAGACUUUGGAGCUAUACAUUUUAUACACAACAUUGUGUGAGGCGGUUGAAACAACUUCAAAACAG